UCAAGGUGGCCAUUGGUGGGACCUGCACCAACGGCACUGUGCCUGUGUGUGUUCAGCAUGCUGCUGUGCCUGCCGUCUCCUGCGUCAUGCACAACCUGCCCCCAGAAAUGCCGUUGUGAAGACCAGCAGUUCUACUGCGACACCCAAGGACUGGAGGCGCCCCCGGACGGCGUUGACAGGGGGGCCCUGGGGUUAUCGCUCCGCCACAACAGCAUCGCUGAACUGAGCCCGGACCAGUUCUAUGGCUUCUCCCAGCUCACCUGGCUCCACCUGGACCACAACCAGAUCACCACAGUGCAGGAGGACGCCUUCCAGGGGCUCUACAAACUCAAAGACCUCAACCUGAGCUCCAACCGGAUCACAACGCUGCCAAACACAACCUUCAUCCACCUCAUCAACCUACAGAUCUUAGAUCUGUCCUUCAACCUGAUGACUGCGCUGGAGCCUGAGCUGUUCCAUGGCCUCCGCAAGCUGCAGAUCCUCCACCUGCGCUCCAACUCGCUGCGCACCACCCCCGUCCGGGCCUUCUGGGACUGCCGCAGCCUUGAGUACCUGGGUCUGUCCAACAACCGGCUGCGAAGCCUGGCCCGGAACGGCUUCGCAGGCCUCAUCAAACUCAGAGAACUCCACUUGGAACACAACCAGCUGACUAAGAUCAACCUGGCUCAUUUCCCCCGCCUGGUGGCUCUGCAGUUCCUUUAUCUGCAGUGGAACAAGAUCUCCAACCUGACCUGCAACAUGGAGUGGACCUGGACCACGCUGGAGAAGAUGGACCUAACGGGGAACGAGAUCCGGGUGCUGACCCCGGACGUGUUCGAGACGCUGCCUAACCUGAAGAUCCUCCUAUUGGAUAACAACAAGCUCGGCAGCCUGGACCCUCUGGUCUUGGAUAUGUGGCGGUCUCUAGGUACCGUGGGGCUGUCCAGCAACCUUUGGGAAUGUACCAAAGGGAUCUGCUCCCUGGCCACUUGGCUUAGCACCUUCAAGGGGAGGUGGGAACACUCCAUCCUGUGUCACACACCUGAGUACGCCCAGGGCGAGGAGAUACUGGAUGCCGUUUAUGGAUUCCAACUUUGCCCAAAUUUUACAGCGCCACCACCGGUCGUCUUGACCACGAACACAUUGUCGAUGGCCACGGACACGUCGACAGGCACAACUGUGGAGGUCACCAGCUCUCUGUUUGGAAUAAUGCAGCAGACACCCACGCAGGACUUCUAUGUGGAUUUUGGGCGCUUUACGACCACCAUAAUGACAACGACCACCACGCCGCGCACCGCCCUGGCAACCGCCGUGGCAACCUCCGCCACGACAGUGGAGGGCGGAGAGCUGGGAGUCACGGAGGACUUCUCGGAGACCGACAACACAGUCCUGACCCAGAGGGUGAUUAUUGGAACCAUGGUCCUUCUGUUUACAUUCUUCCUCAUCAUUUUCGUUGUGUUCAUUUCACGGAAGUGCUGCCCUCCUACCAUGCGCAGGAUACGCCAGUGCUCGGCCAUGCAGAACCGCCGCCAGAUGAGGACCCAGCAGCGGCAGCAAAUGGCGGACCUGGCCACGCAGGUACCCUAUAACGAGUACGAGCCCAGCCACGAGGAGGGAGCGCUGGUUAUCAUCAACGGCUACGGGCAGUGCAAGUGUCAACAGCUGCCUUACAAAGAGUGUGAAGUGUAAACUAUGUAUUCCUCCUGCAGCAGCAGCAUAUGGGCUGUUUACCAUUCUAAAUACAGGGUUUUAUUUUUUUGCCUCUUUCCCCCCCCCCCCAGUUUACAAAAAAAAAGCAUAAUUUCUACUCGCUAGCUUUGAGAAAUCAAUGAGAUUAGUGUAUUGAGUGGGAGAGUUGAUGACUGGUGGAAAUGAACAGUGACGAGACUGAUGAGGAUGUAGUAGAUAUAGUCACCAUUUAUUUUUAUAUGAAUGUUCAUAUCAAGCUGUGGGCAAUCAGUCUAAAAAAAAGGAAAACGGUAGUGAUUUAUCACCACAUUGUUAUUAGUCACUUACCGCAGCACGGAGAAAACAUUUUUUUUUUUUUUUUUUUGCCAAAACGUCUGUAGACUGAUCCUCUCACUAAGAGACGGCACAGAUACAAAUAGGUGGUGGUCUAUAUCAUAUGAUAUCAUUAUCAAGACACAGAUACAAAUAGGUGGUGGUCUAUAUCAUAUGAUAUCAUUAUCAAGACACAGAUACAAAUAGGUGGUGGUCUAUAUCAUAUGAUAUCAUUAUCAAGACACAGAUAGGUGGUGGUCUAUAUCAUAUGAUAUCAUUAUCAAGACACAGAUAGGUGGUGGUCUAUAUCAUAUGAUAUCAUUAUCAAGACACAGAUAGGUGGUGGUCUAUAUCAUGAUAUCAUUAUCAAGACACAAAUAGGUGGUGGUCUAUAUCAUGAUAUCAUUAUCAAGACACAGAUAGGUGGUGGUCUAUAUCAUGAUAUCAUUAUCAAGACACAAAUAGGUGGUGGUCUAUAUCAUGAUAUCAUUAUCAAGACACAGAUGCAAAUAGGUGGUGGUCUAUAUCAUGAUAUCAUUAUCAAGACACAGAUACAAAUAGGUGGUGGUCUAUAUCAUGAUAUCAUUAUCAAGACACAGAUAGGUGGUGGUCUAUAUCAUGAUAUCAUUAUCAAGGGGAAUCAGUGGCGGAAAGGACCGUGGAAUAUAAUGACAGGUUUUAAAGAUGCACGGUAGCCACAGUAUGUUACUAUUACAAUCACGUGUCGGUACAGAAGUGAUUAAAAUGGGGUUUUGGUUAUUAAAUUAAAAACAUUUGUUAAGUUUUUUUUUUUUUUUUUUUGUAAAUGACUAUGAAUAUUGAAUAAAUGUUUUAUUUAUGUCACAAUCUGAAUUAAAUCUCCAACAGAAA